CCCGCCCUGACUUUUGAGGCUUGAGCCGACGAUGUCAUGUCAAUCCCUACCUUCUACCUUCGAAUCUUCUUCUCUCAUUAUUCACUGACCCGCAGACAUUUGUGUUCAUCCCAACCACUUACUCUUCUAUUGUCUUGGGUUGAUUAAUCUUCACAGCCAUCGUAGUGUGAUUCCAUCAUGCCUGUCAUCUCACGUCUUAUUUCCAUUGUCUUCCGCGUGGUGGAGGUUAUUUGCGCUGCAGUUGUUGCCGGUAUCAUCGGGUACUACCUCCAUAAAUAUGACGGGGACGCUUGGCCAGUGGCUAGAUGGAUUUACACCGAAGUCAUUGCCGGGCUAUCGAUAUUGCUGGGAUUGGUUUGGCUCAUCCCGUUCUCAUCAGGCUUCUUUUCGUGGCCAUUUGAUGUUAUCAUCUCUUUCGCCUGGUUCGCUGCGUUCGGAAUCUUAGUUGAUGCGAUACACAAGCUCAACUGUGGAUCCAUUUGGUAUUGGGGUGGGAUCAUCCACAACAACUCAUGUGGCCGGUGGAAGGCGGCCGAAGCAUUCAGCUUCAUUUCCGCUAUUGUCUGGCUGGCAUCAGCGGUCUUGGGCAUUUGGUUUACCUUCCGUGUGCGCGACUCGUCUGCUCCUCGAUAUGGUCGCCGCCGCUUUGGUCGUUCUGCUGUUUGACCAUGCAGCCCGCGCGCACUCGUGCAGGUGUCAAAGCCACCUCAAAAACGGCCAUGCAAUACAAUGGUCAUGCCAUAUGUCGUCGAUCAAUGUCCGCCCGCUGGUACUGUGGUACACAUCAUCGUGACAACAAGAUAAUGAGAUUCUAUGACAAUGCUCUGAUACCCCGGUAGCGUGAAGAUGGUUAUUGACAAAGGAAUGCUGGGGGUGGCUUACAUUGCUUGCUUUGCCUUUUGAGCUAAUAUGACUAUUUAAUCUAAUAUCA